AAGAAUAUCCCCAACAAUGAGCAACGCAAAGCGAAUCAUCCUCCGCGUCGCGGAAAACGAAAUGAACUACCAAGAUCCAUACGAAUUCGCCCGCUUCUACUUCACACAGUUCCCCUCCAACGCAUCAUCAGACCCAACUCGCCAUUUCAUUCACUAUCAACCACCGAGUGAUAUUCCCGGCGCCAAGGUCCAUAUUGUCAUCGAUCUCGAGAUACAGGGCUUUACGGGUACUCUUGAUCAGGAAUUUCCGCAUGAGGUUUAUGCGGUUCGUCGGGGUGCGGAUCAAUUGGAGUUGUAUGCUUAUCCAGAAGCUGUGAAGAGAAAUCUCCUUCAGAAGAUUCGGAAGUAUAGUGAUGGGUUUUAUCCAUGGGGGGAAAGCAGGAGUGAUUAUAGGAGGAAUCUGGACAAAUGA